GUCUCCAGCCAAAGAGCAUUCUGACAAACAGGGUCCCAAUGAGUUGGGAAAUGCUAUUUUCCUAUCACCCAACAGCUUUGUACCAGCUGGCUGCUUUUCCAUUUGCUGGUCUCUGCCAUUAUUUAUGGACUUCUCAGUAUCUGUCUAUAAACGCAAGGUACACCUGUCUUCUGGUGAGUGGUUUCUUCCUGGCCUGCUCUGCAAUGAGGUGCUAUGCCCUGCUGGUCCUCAUCUCUGCCUUUGGUUCCGUUGCUGUGAUCCAUUCAGCCGGCCACCAGCGAGCCCACAAGUGGGCCUUUUCCUUUCAGAUGAGCUGGCAGACGCUUUGCCACUUGGGGCUGCACUAUAAAGAAUAUUACCUGGAAGAAGAUGUGUGCUUCAGGUUCUCCAUGGCUCUUUCUGUCCUCAUGCUGAUGACGCAGAAGGUGACCUCGCUAGCUUUGGAUAUCCAAGAAAGGAAAGUGAGGGCGGGGUCAUCAUUUACUUCACAAGGGGGUCCUCUGAGGCGGUACCUGCUGCGAGCGUUGCCGUUUUAUAGUUACUUGCUCUCUUUCCCUACUUUGCUGGGAGGCCCCCUGUGCUCUUUCAACAGGUUUCAGACAUGGGUCAAGAAUCCUGGUGCUCUGUAUCCCAGGUACUCCCUUUGGGUUGCCGUGCAGAAAGGCUUGGGGGCUCUGGCUCUGGCCCUCUUGAAAAACAUUGUGAGAGGAUACACUUCCCCUCUGGAUGAGGUGAUCAGUUGCCGGCACUUGCGUUGUAUUUCCGCACUGUGGACUUCAGCCCUAUUCUUCAGGCUAGCAUAUUACUCUCACUGGAUGCUGGACGAGUCUGUCUUCAUUGCUGCUGGUUUGGGGCUGGAACUGGGUCACGACCAACAAGCAGGGACUGCCGACGGAGUUCUCCUAGACACGGACAUCUGGGCCCUGGAAACCACCAACAGGAUCUCGGUCUUUACCCGAUCAUGGAACAAGAGCACGGCUCAGUGGCUUCGAAGGCUCAUAUUCCAGAGGUGCCGUUCUCAUCCCCUGCUAGCGACCUUUGCCUUCUCGGCCUGGUGGCACGGCCUCCAUCCGGGCCAGAUCUUUGGGUUUCUGUGCUGGGCUGCGGUGGUGGAAGCAGAUUACCACAUUCAUCACUUUUCCCAGUCUUUGGCAAAAUCGCAGCCGUGGAAGAUGGUGUAUCAGGCUCUGACCUGGUGUCAGACACAGUUGAUUGUAGCAUACAUUAUGCUUGCCAUUGAAACGCGGAGUCUCGCCAUGCUUUGGGGGCUGUGUUCUUCUUACAACAGCUUCUUCCCGCUCGCCUAUGUCAUUUUGUUCCUACUCUUAGCAAAGAGAAGAGCGAGCAGCCACGUUGCCCCUCAAACACCCCGUUCUUAA